AUGGAGUCUUCAUCUCCCAGCAUGAGUGAUGAACACUCUAUGUCUUUAGGUGUAUCGCCCAAAUUUCAUACUGCUGCAACUUCCUCGAUUAACGAGCAAAACGAAUGGAGCAAUGCCGAUAACGAUCGAAACAGUCCUGGUGGUAAUGAACCAAUUUACAUGAAGGAACCUGAAAGCCAUAAUGAGUUUCUAGGAAAUGAAAGUAUUCCUGCUCAUAAUUCCGUCGGGAGUAGCAGCGCUGAUGUAAGUAAAAUACCCGCUUAUGAUUUUCAGUCUAGCGUACGUUCCGAUGAAAGGAAUAGUGAAUUUGAAAAGCGGUCGAUGAAGUUAAAACAAAAUUCAUCAACUUCUUUCGCCAAUUUAUCUGGCAGCGAUCGAUCCGAGACGAAUCUACCGCCCACUUCUACCCUAACCUCUGUUUACUCUUCCCCAGUUCAACAAUAUAGUUUAAAAUCGAGACAGUCGUUUUUUUCUAGGAAUCCGUCCAAUGACCGCCAAAAUGCAAAUUCGGAUUCUACAUUGGUGGUACCUCAAACAGAAGAAAACUCGCCCCCCAUAUUGGGUCAGCCGCAAGAAAACGACUCGAAUUUAGGUCUUUAUGGAAGCAGUACAUUUAAUCGACAACUUUCUAUUCAGGUGAAUCAGCCUGUUGGUGCAAUGUCCUUAUCUCCUUGCGGGAGAGAUGUUGCAUUGGCUUCUCGUAAUGGUCUAUUAGUAAUUGAUUUGGAUAACCCUUAUAAUCCACCCCGAAUGUUGCGACAUUCAACUCCUUGGGAGGUUGCUGAUGCUCAAUGGAACGUUCACGCUGCUAGAGACCAGUGGGUUGUCACGACAUUAAAUCAAAAAACAAUCGUGUGGAACCUUGCACUUCCUAAUGCGAACGCUAUAGAAUUUAUGCUUCAUGGACAUACCCGUGCUGUUACUGAUAUGAACUGGCACAGGCAGUAUCCAGAUAUCCUGGCUACGAGUUCCAUUGACUCUUCAGUUCAUUGUUGGGAUUUACGAACUCCUAGGUUUCCUGUCAAUUCUUUCUACGAUUGGCAUAAUGGCGCAACACAAGUGAAAUGGAACUAUCGUAACCCUCAUGUAUUAGCAUCUAGUCAUGGUCGUUUUGUGCAUAUUUGGGAUGACCGAUAUGGCUCUGGACCCUUACAUACUAUUCAGACCUCGGGAAGCAUUACAAAAAUCAAUGGUUUAGAGUUCAACAAAGUCAGUGAAACGCGUUUAUUAACUUGUGCUAUGGAUCGCACUGUUAAAUUUUGGGAUUAUUCAAAAUCUACCAUUGAACCCGAACAUUUAAUUACAACUGAUGCUCCGGUUUGGAAAGCUAGAUUUACGCCUUUUGGUGAAGGUGUUAUGCUAAUGCCACAACGGGGCGAUAAUUCUGUUCAUUUAUAUGAUGUCCGUAACCUCAAUGAAGGUGGACCACGACCCGUUCAUACCUUUUCUGGUCAUACCGAUUUAGUAAAGGAGUUUCUGUGGAGAUGUCGUGGUGAAGAUGUUUUUGAUAAAGAUAACCGAGACUUUCAGUUGGUUACUUGGUCUAAAGAUCGAUACGUACGGUUAUGGCCAAUUUCGAAGGAUGUAUUACAAUCAACUGGCCAUGAUCCUUCCAAACCGGUCCCUUUUCGUCUCCCCAGAUAUGGCGCAAAGUAUCGAACGUAUGCUCGUGAGCCAAUUAAAGAAUGCGUAAAACCGAAUGAAAAGGAAUCCGAUAGUUUGGAAGUACUUAACAAGGAAAGGAUGACAGAUUUUAGCACAGAAACUGGUAAUAGCCUUCAAGGUGAGUCAUCAAUAGGUUUUGCCCCAAACGUUAGCCGAAAGCGUCAAAAAAAUACGAAUGGUCCAUCAAAUGCUGGAUUCAUGACUCGUUCAACGAAGUUGCAGGAUAAUCUAACGCCCUUAAAUUGGCUUCGCGGAAUUUCAAUGGGGCGUCAAGGAAAUGCUGAUUGGGAAGUUCCUCAAAAUCUUGGUGAGGAGCUAUCUUGGAUUGGUCAAAAAUAUGGGAAUGUAAACUUCGAGGAAAUAGAUGUAGCUCAAAGAAAAUGCAGGAUUUCUUUGAACGCUCCUUUAUUACCCGAAGGAGCAUUUACUUUUAUUCGCUUACGCAUACAGCUUCCUUUGGGUUAUCCGGUUUCAGCUAGUCCCAUAUUCCAUUUAGAAAAAUCCAGCGCAUUUAGUGAUGAGCAGUUCAAUCACAUAUUAUCAACACUAAACUUAAUUUCGAGCCAUUGUAUCACGUCUAAAAAGCCAUGCAUGGAUGGCUGCUUAUCUUUUCUAUCAGGGGAAUCGACAACUGAGGAUGUUUGGAAACUGAAAGAAAUUGAUGAAGAUUCGGAUACUUCUUCUGAAUCUUCUGAUGGUUUUGUAGAAAACUUUCCGAGCAUUUCGGAUUUUCGAGGUGGUGAUCGCGGUCUCUCUCACAUUAAGCAAAAUAUACCUUUACCUAAAACUUGUGCUGCGAUUUUCUGUAACGAUACUCUGGUAUGUUUUUUUACUACACAACGUGAGAAUACUUCUGGCCAUACUUCAAUAAAUCGUGAAAACCACGGUCGGCAAAAGUUGUUUGAAUCAUUUGGUGUUUUAAAUGCGAAUAGUAUUACAGAAUCAGACUCCGCCAAUUUCGACGAAGAUCCGUCAUUUGCUCAAGUCGGUUCUACUGAUUCAGAUGAGGAUUUUAUUUGGAACGUAGAUGAAGCUAAUACUGGCAAUCUUGUUUUUCCAAAGUAUCGAAACAGCUUAGGAAUAAACAACAUUAAUUCGAAUAAUUCAUUUUUUGGCUCUCAGCUUGCUCCCCGAGACAUGUUUACGACAAAUCGUUUAUCGUCCAAAGGAUCCACGAAACGUUCUAUAGGUACAAACAAGACGACUGUUGAAACGAGACAUCUCGUGAAAUUUUUUGACAUGAGUGCGACACUUCCUACAAAGAAACAUUUGGCUGCGGAGUAUGUUAUAUUUGGAAAAAAGGUCGAGAUUUGUAAAAGAAAUGCCCAGGUUGCAAAAGCUUUUGGGCAUCUUCAUCUAAUGAAUUCAUGGCUCUUUGUUGGAAGGAUGCUGAAGUUGUUGGAUCUAAAAAACAAGUCAAAGGAUAUAGGAGCAAGAACAUAUUGGUUUGAGAAUGGGCUUUUCCUAAAAACAGUUCAAUCAUUUUUAAAUUACUAUAUCACUCAGGAAAACUUACAGAUGUUAGCGAUGCUUUCAUGUGUAUUGGAUGAGCCAGAGCUUUACUCGGAGAAUAAGCGGUUGAUAAAGAGGAGUAAAAAGCCUGUUUCAGCAAAGUCAGAUACAACAAUUAUGAACAAAAGUUCGGGGAAACUUGCUUCCAAAUCGGAAAAAGUUGAAAAAAUGUCAAGUCAGUCGUUGGCACGCAUCCUUGCUAAACCCGAGAAAAAGUUUAGUGAUGGUAAUUCUGUGUAUUCUUUAGGAAAGGAAGGUAGUGUACCAAUGAAGAAGACAUGGGUGGUACAAGUUCGGCCUGAGGCAGAUGGAAGGAAUGAAAAAGUAAAUACUAAAGAAGAAGAAGUGUUUUGGCGUUUGCAUGUUUGUUUUUCCUUUUGGCGAUCAUCUUACGCAGGACUUUUAGACCAAUGGGGUUUUAACAUACCAAAACUAGAAUUAUUGAAACUGAAUGCUGUUUGUGAGAAGGAUGGAGGGGAUCAUAGUGAUCAUGGAGCGCCAGAUAUGUUAACUACUAGUCAACUCCAGGCAUCGGUUGCUUCAACAAAAAUGAAAAAAAAGGAAAGAAAAGCUAAAGUUGAUGAACGAUGUUCAUUCUGUAAUCUUUCAAUUCGAGGAUUAUCAAAUGUUUGCAAUUCGUGUUUACAUGCGAUUCACGAAGAAUGUUUUUAUGAAUGGUAUUCUGCAGAAGAUACGAUGACUCAAUAUUGCCCAUCAAGUUGUGGAUGUCAUUGUCAAUACUUAAAACCGGAAUGA